UUUUUUUUUUCUAUUUCUUUCUCUCUUUUUUUUUUUAUGAACCAAGCUAUUGAUACUGAUAAUAUCAGCAUAGAACAAGGAAAUAAGGAACUCCAUUUAUCGCAUCAUCUACAAAAGGUAUCUACGACUUUAAGCCAUGAUGUAAAUCAAUCGCCUAUUACUACUACUGCUACUGUUAAUGAUACCAUUUAUCAACGCGCCCGAAGUCAGACUAUCACCCAAAAAGAUUUAAACGAAUCGACAAUACCAUUAAACGACCAAGACAAUCUUCAUCACGCUAUUCAGAAAAUAGACAUCAUGAACGAAGACGAUCCUUUUGACUCAGAUUUGGAUUCACAAAUCGAUAAUGAACACACCCAUAUACAUAGCAAUAGAUCAACAGUAACCUCUAUCAGCUCUCUACUAUCCAAUGAUACCAACUAUGAUAUGCUUUUAGCUCGAUUGGAUUCACCACUCUCUUCUGCUCUCUCCACUGCACCUACCACCACUUCCAAGGGCCACAAUAUGCAUAUAUUGGCAAAUUAUCCAUCAUCAUCAUCAUCACCUGGUUCUACAUCAUCCACUACUCCUUCCACAGCAUCAUCCUUCUCAACAUCAUCAUUUACAGCAGAUCCAAUGAAACAGGAUAUUGAUUGGGAGUUCUGGUCUCAUGUGAUUUCCAAUGCGGAUCAAAUCAUCAAAUCCAACAAACUAUUUACAUAUCAUAUUCGACAAGGUAUUCCACCCUCUUUACGUGGUACCAUAUGGCCUAUCUUAUCACAAACAAAAAACAACAAAAAUAACAGCAACAAUAUCAAUAAUAUUGGACCAGUGAAGACACCGUUAAAAGAGAAGGAUUAUGUAGAUUUAUUGAAUAAGGACAACAUUUAUGAAAAAGCAAUUACAUGGGAUCUGGAUUCACUCUUUGCCGAUCAAGAUGGUGUGUUUUUAGCGCAUGCCAAUCGCAUAAAGGAUCCACUCUUCCAUUUGUUAAAAGCAUAUGCAAAUUAUGAUGAUCAUGUGGGUUACUCCAAAGGUUUUGCCUUUAUUGCUCUUCCGCUUUUAUUACAUAUGCCCGAAGAAGAAGCUUUUUGUGUCUUUGUUGAAUUGAUGAAUGGAGUCUAUCAAUGGAAAACAUUAUAUAUCCCACCUAUGGAUGGAUUAUCACGACAUCUCUUUCAACUAGAUGGGUUGAUGCUGGAACAUUUACCUCGAUUAUAUCAACAUUUCAAUACAUAUGGUGUGCACCCCAAUGAUUAUGCCAAAACUUGGUUCGCUACUCUUUUUGUCUCGGUGUCUCCAUCUUUGGAGCUUGUUUAUCCUAUUUAUGACAUACUGUUAUCAGAAGGUACGGAUGUUCUUGUUGGAUUUGGUCUAGCUCUAUUGAAAGUGAAUCAAGAUCAAUUACUAGGUUUGGAUGAACAAGAUGAAUUGAUCAAAUAUCUUUCAAAUCAUCAAUUAUGUGAUGCGUACAAGGACGAUACGAAAAAAUGGAUGCAAGAUGCUAUGGCAUUCAAAAUACAAAAGAAACGAUUGGUCAAACUAUCCAAAGAUCACCAACAAGUAUUUAGUUCUUCCAUGUCUCGAAGAAGAUCAGGUUCUCUCUCAACAACAUUUAUCUCUACAAAAUCAACGACAAAAACAACAGUGAAUGAUAUGGAAAUUUUACGACUUGCUCGACAACAAAAUAAGACAUUGAUGGAAAGUGUUAAACAACGACAAGGUCAAUUAGAUAUUUUAUCGAAACAACAAACUCAGGCAGCUAAAGAAUUAAUAGAUGCAAAGAUGGAAUUAGCACGUGCUCGUCAACUGAAUGAUGAUUUACGACAACAAUCAUUUGAUUUGAAAAAGGCGUUGGAUGCAUUACCGGCUGAAAUUGAAGAACAAUUGAAGCAACGCAUACAUACAUUAGCUGGAAAGAAUAUGAAUUUGGUGGAUAAGAAUUCUGAAUUAGAAUAUCAAUUGACUGAUAUGGAAACUAUGUUGAAGGAUAUCAAGGGUAAAUUUGCAAAGAGUGAAAAUGAAAGGGAAGAACUCUUACAACGUUUGAUGGAACAACAAGAAUGGAUCAAUAAUGUCUAGUUAUGCAGUGUUAUUUUAGUGUCCGCUUUUUUUUUUUUUUUUUUU